GCUUGCUUGGCAGGGGCUUGUGACUGGACAGGUGCGGCCUGGAGAGAGGAAGAAGGCGCUGCCUGCGCUCAGUUUACAGUGAAAUCCUGAGCAGAGUUGCACCCUAAGCCCGUUAGCCAGGUGCUGCAGGAAAGCAUCGUGCUUGUGAGCUGGUGUUUUCCUAGUGAUUGGAUCAAAACUGCUUGCAGGGAUGUUUCUGAAUGGCUGUUGUAGAUUCCUGGCAAUUUGUGCACUGAUUUUCCCACGGACUUGGUGUUUCUUGCCAAAUAAGCAGAGGGUAUUACUUGUAUCUUUUGAUGGCUUUAGAUGGGAUUAUAUCUAUAAAUUCCCAACACCCAGUUUCCAUGAUGUCAUAAAGAAUGGUAUUCAUGUUGAACAGAUCACAAACGUUUUCAUUACUAAGACCUAUCCUAAUCACUACACAAUGGUCACGGGUCUCUAUGCAGAGAACCACGGUAUAGUUGCCAAUGAGAUGUAUGACCCAGUUUUGAAUGAAACUUUCUCCAUGAACCGUAUGACCAUCUAUAAUUCAGAAUUUUGGGAAGAUGCUUAUCCAAUAUGGAUCACUAACCAGAUGCAAGGGCAUCGAAGUGGAGCUGCGAUGUGGCCAGGAACAGAUGUCAAGAUACAUGGCAUCUUUCCCACACGCUACAUGCCUUACAAUGAAUCUGUUUCAUUUCAAGAACGUGUUGCGAAGCUUAUUGAAUGGUUUACAUCUGAAGAGCCCAUAAAUCUUGGACUGCUUUACUGGGAGGAGCCGGAUGAGAUGGGGCACCGUUUGGGUCCAGAUAAUCCUCUCAUGAAGCCAGUCAUUACUGAGAUUGACGAUCUGUUAAACUAUCUUGUGUUGGAGCUGAAAAAAGCAAAAUUGUGGGAUACCACGAAUGUCAUAAUCACAAGCGACCAUGGGAUGGCACAGUCCUCAACAGACAGGAUCAUACAGCUUGACCAGUACGUGGACAGAGACUUGUAUAGAAUGAUCGACCAUUCACCUGAUGUAGCUAUUUUACCAAAGGAAGGCAAACUUGAUGACGUAUACAAUGCUUUAGUCCAAGCUCAUCCUAAUAUGACUGUCUAUAAAAAGGAGGCGAUUCCAAGUAGACUGCAUUAUAGCCACAGCAGUAGAAUUCAACCAAUCCUACUGGUGGCUGAUGAAGGAUGGGAAAUCUUGCAGAACAAAUCUGACCCCUUUGAACUGGGUAACCAUGGAUAUGACAACGCCUUACCAGACAUGCAUCCUAUCUUCUUGGCUCACGGUCCUGCUUUUAGAAAGAACAUUAGCAAGAAAGCUAUGAAUUCCACAGAUUUAUAUCCUCUCUUGUGUCAUCUGUUGGGUGUUGAUCCACUGCCCAGCAAUGGUUCUCUGGACAAUGUGAAAGAUCUGCUUGCUAGUGAAGUCCCAAAAGAGCCUCAGGAUAGAAGUCAGCAAGAAUCAUUUGCUUAUUUCAUCGGUGUUUUUCUGGGCAGCAUACUUGUCUUUGUUUUUCUUCUAGUGUUCAUAAAACAUUUAACCCGUAGCCAGGUCUCAGCAGUGCGGCUUCAGCACACAGAAAUAGCCCAGCCAUUACUACAAGAUUAACCAGGUAUCUAAACAAAGGCACUUGGUAGUUUUUGGAUAUCCUUUUAACCUUAGUUAAUUGUUUAUCCAGACUUAAUGUAAGUGGACAACCACAAGAAACUGUAGAUCAUAUGAUCAACUGGUACAGAUAGUAAAUGUAUGCAUUGGUUGCUCUUUAACAAAGGUUUUUAAGUGUUUAAGCCUUUUGGAGAGAGAAUGGACAGUCCCUAAUUAGUGAUCUUAUACUAAUGUGCCAUUCUGAAUUACUGGAACUUUGAGAAGGAAGUAGUUGUCUUAAAUGCACUUUAUGGAAUUCAUUUUAUCAAAUCAUUGUCUUUAGCAAAAUCACUAUUAAUAUUUUGCAAAUUAAAAAAAAAAAUGAAAUGUGCACUGGUGGUUGAUACACGCAUAAACCUACUGAAGUGGCUUUAAGCCGACUGUGGCCGCAGUUGUACAAGAUGCUGAUACGUCCUUUUAUUUUAUUAAAAUGUCAGUAAAAAUGAAA